GGGCGGGGCCAGUGUUCUCCUCACAAAGCUCCCAGUGUGGAGGCUGGGUGUUCCCUGCUCCUUCCUCCUCGAUAAUGGGUGCCUGUCUGGGAGUGUGUUCUCUGCUGAGCUGUGCUUCCUGUUUGUGUGGCACAGCACCAUGCCUCCUUUGUGGAUGUUGUCCAUCUUCCAAGAACUCCACUAUAACACGGCUGACAUUCUCCAUCUUUCUGCUUCUUGGAACUUUAGUAGCUUGCAUUAUGAUCAUACCAGGGGUGGAAAAUGGACUGAAGAAGUUGCCUUGGCUCUGCUCUGCAUCAACUACCCUUUCAGGCACUUUAAAUUGUGAUAUCGUAGUUGGUCACCAAGCUGUCUACCGCAUGUGUUUUGCUAUGGCUGCCUUUUUCUUUCUAUUUGUCUUAAUAAUGAUAUGUGUGCGGAGCAGCCGGGACCCAAGAUCAUAUAUACAGAACGGGUUUUGGUUUAUCAAAUUUCUGAUUUUGGUGGGCAUCACUGUUGGAGCUUUCUUCAUCCCUAACGGAGUGUUCACCACGGUGUGGUAUUAUUUUGGCAUGGUUGGUGGUUUCCUGUUCUUCUUGGUCCAGCUCGUACUCAUUAUUGAUCUUGCCCACUCCUGGAGUCAGUCUUGGCUGCAGCGGGCUGAGGAUGGGAAUACUAAGUGUUGGUAUGCAGCUCUUCUCAUAUUUACUUUGCUGAUCUACGCUGGUGCAAUUGCAGCCAUCGUGUGUCUGUAUGUUUACUACACCGGAUCUGGGGAUUGUGUUCUCAACAAAGUGCUCAUCAGUCUCAACCUUAUAUUUUGUGUCAUUGUUUCUGUAGUCUCUAUUCUUCCCAAAAUACAGGAUGCUCAGCCUCAUUCAGGAUUACUACAAUCAUCUGUUAUUACAUUGUAUACGGUUUUUGUCACAUGGUCUGCUAUAGCAAAUUUUCCAGAUAAGACUUGCAAUCCUACAUUGCUUGCUAUAGUGAAUAAUGGAACCAGUUCUUCCACCUCUACAGUGGGUCAGUGGUGGGAUGCUCCCAGCAUUGUAGGACUUGUGAUCUUUAUUUUGUGCACUCUCUUCAUCAGCAUCCGUAACUCCAGCAACCAGCAAGUGAACAAGCUGAUGCAAACAGAAGAGAGUUCCGGGGAUGGGGCAGUUCACAGCGCCGAAGAUGGGGUGCAUAGAGCAUAUGAUAAUGAAGAGGAUGGUGUCUGCUAUAGCUACAGCUUUUUCCACUUUUGUCUUUUUCUUGCCUCACUGUACAUCAUGAUGACACUGACAAACUGGUAUCUACCAGGAUACAAUGACAAUUCCAUAACCAGCCCAAUGUCUGCAGUGUGGGUGAAGAUUUCCUCAAGCUGGGUUGGACUCCUCCUUUACUUGUGGACAUUAGUUGCACCUCUGAUUCUCUCUGACAGAGACUUCAGCUAAUCACGUGGAACCGUUUUUUUUUUUUUUUUUUUUUUUUUUUUUUUUUUUUUUUUUUUUUUUUUUUUAUGUUUUUGUCUUGUGUACUAAAUUUCUCAGACUUUACCAUUUCUUUAUACCUGUAUUCCAUUUUACAUUAAACUGCUGCGUAGGUGUGUUGGCACACAAACUCCAGAAAUUGAUAUACAUACUUGCAUUGGGCCAGCUUGGUUUGCUGUAAGUAUGCAUAUCUGAUCUCUGGAGGGUCACUAGGGAUGGUGAAAAUCGAUGUAGUAGUCUGCACUACAUAAUAAUGAUCUUCUAGGUUCUGUGUAAGUGGCUUCCCCUCUGUACACUGACCAAAGGGUUUACUAGCUCCGCACCUCCACCAUUUAUAGAUUACCUUGUAUUUGUUUUGUUUUUCAAAUGAGUACAAGACGCUCUGAUUGAAUGAAGUGGAAAGAAGGGGCAGUGGCAUCACGAUCUCCACCUUGUCCAAUCUGAGAACAAAUAUCAGAUAUGCCUACUUGCAUUGAGUCAAGCUGGCCCAAUGUAUGUGUGCAAAAACAUGGAAUUUCUAGAGUUCAGCUUUAAACCAGCACAUUUGCUGUGCAAGAUUUUAUAUUUCAUACUGAUGAGUUUAGGGAUAAUAUAUUCCUAAAUUUUUCAAAUUGUUUGGACUAAAAAUAAUUAAAUUCACACUAAUAUGUAAUCCUUUAAACUGAUUGAGACUCCUUAGAGACUCCUUAGAUAAAGUGUUAGGUUUAAAGGACUUCUUUAGUCAGACAGUUGCUGCCCUGUCCACUCCCUUACACAGUGUUUUUAGCUUUUGAGAAUGCAUA